UAACUCCACUACACUUCUCUCUCUGCAAUUACUCUUGAGAGCUUCUCUCUAGAAUAUUGAGUAUUGGUAACUUAAGCGUCGGAGUGCUUUCCCCGAGGAAACAUCCUCAGGUUUUUCAAGUGUUAAAGUAGUUAAAGAUCUCUACAGUGUAGGUUUGUGAAGCUGCCCAAACAUUUGGCGUCGUCUGUGGGAAACUAAUCAAAGAAGCAAUGUUGCUACUAUUAAUGUUAAACAUGGUACGCACUUUUAUUGGGAACUGCCCCCUCAGAGGAAUAGGAUGGACGAUCAAGACAACACCCAGCUUUCGGGACUUGGCCUGAGCGACUUCCAAUCAAUGUCGAGAAACCUCUUUGUAGAAGGAUCAGAAGGAGAACAGAUGAGUGGUUUAAAUGAUGAAAGAACACCAACUGGGGGUGAGCAGCCUGUAGAAAUUGCAACUCACAAUUCCUCGGCCUUGAGCAAUGUAGUAGUGCUGACCAAGCCGAGGGGAAGUGGGAAGUCAAAUCCCGAGCCUAGCUCAUCAAAGCACAAUGAGGAGUUGAUGAGGAAGAAUGCAAACCUCGAAAGACAGCUAAAGACAUACAAAAUAGAACCAUAUCAUGAGGGGUUCAAGAUUCCUCACUUAGAAACAUAUGAUGGUUCUGGUGACCCAGACGAACACUUGCAUACCUAUCAUGCCAUCAUGAAAGUUCAAAAUGCUACUAAUGCUAUGAUGUGCAAAGUGUUCCCUGCAACCUUGAAAUCAAACACUAGAUCAAGAGGCCACCUCCUCCUCUCCAUGACUCCUCCUGAGCAGACAAGAGUAAAUAUUGUGAUUACCAUCGUGAAUCAGAUGCUAGGAAUUCCAGUAGAAUUUGCAAUUCACAAGCUUAGUACAGAUCCUACAAAGAAACUAGUGGUUCAGAAAUGCUACCUUUUCGGCCCUGAAAAGCAAGAUGUUACAGAUGAACAAAUACAUAAGUUAUUGCAAGCAGACUUCAUUAGGCGGGUUGAAUAUUCACAAUGGGUAUCCAACUUUGUGCUCAUUAAAAAGCCUAACAGCAAGUGGAGGAUGUGCAUUGACUUCACAAACUUAAAUGAGGCAUGUCUCAAAGACCCACAUCCUUUGCCUAAUGUGGAGAAAUUAGUAGAGUGUGCAGCUGGUCAUGAGUGCAUGAGUUUUCUAUAUGCCAGUUUGGGAUACCAUCAAGUGCAACUACGGUUGGACGACCAAGAGAAAACGACAUUUUAUGCAGGUGAUGCUAUAUACUACUACGUUAUGAUUCCGUUUAGAUUGAAAAAUGCUGGGGCCACCUAUCAAAAAUUAGUUCAGGUUGUAUUUAAGCUUCAGAUCGGCAGAAAUAUUGAAGUUUAUGUUGAUGAUAUGAUUGUUACCAAUUUACGAGCUGAAGAUCAUAUUGACAACCUCAAUGAAAUAUUUCAGAAUUUGCGCCAAGCAUGGAGGAAGUUAAAUCCCUUGAAGUGUAUGUUUGUUGUGGAAUCAUGCAAAUUUAUGGGAUAUGUGGUAUCCAAAAAGGGAACUGAUAAGGUUCAAGCCGUGCAGCAAAUGAAACCUCCUAAAAUAGUAAAGGAUGUGCAACGUCUCACGAGUCGCCUUGUUGCUCUGCAUAGAUUCAUCGCCAAGUCGACAGAAAGAUGUCUCCCAUUUUUUAAAGCUUUAAGAGAGCCCAAAAACUUCCAAUGGACUAACAAAUGCCAACAAGCUUUUAACGAACUCAAACAAUACUUGGCAUCACUACCUUUGCUUUCUAAACCUGUUGAAGGCGAGAAGUUAUAUUUGUACCUGGGAAUUACAGAUGAGGCAAUCAACUCGAUCUUGUUAAAGGAGUUGAAGAUAGGAUUUGUCUCAUUUCAGAUAGAUAAGAUACCGAUGGCAGAUAACAAACAGGCUGAUGAAUUAUCCAAGCUAUCUUCAUCACAAGAUAUUAACUCUCAAAGGACAACAUUCAUUGAGAUACUUGACGCACCAAGCUAUGAUGACCUUAUACCAGAAUGUCAAGUGCUAAGUACUGAUCCCUCAUCACCGAGCUGGACCACACCCCUAAUUAAUUACUUUCAAAGUGGUAAAUUGCCUGAGAACACAUUUGAGGCUCGACUGGUUAGGCGCAAAGUAGCCCAUUUCAACUUGAUUGAUGUGCUCAAGUCGUUUUGUGAUGAUUAUGACAUUGAACUCUCUCUCACGUUCGUCUACACUCCUCAGUCAAAUGGACAAGCAGAGUCAGCUAAUAAAAUUGUCCUACGUGGCCUUAAUGCACGUGUCCUAGCCACACACUCUAAUUGGGUUGACGAGCUCAAUAAAGUGCUUUGGUCGUGUCGUACUAUGCCCAGCUUAACCACUGGAGAGACCCCAUUCUCCCUAGCCUACAAAGUUGAGGUUGUAAUCCCUAUGGAAAUCGACUUAUUGACUACCAGGCCAGCUCAGU